CUCCUCCUCCAGACACGACGAACUUCACCUCCCCCCUCUCCUCUCUCAUCACGUGCUCGUCUUCCCCAAGCACAUGACUUCCCGCGGGCCCCACCGCGUCGUGGCAUAGCAACAGUCCUCCUUCUCUCUACCAGUUCCUACUGUUCCCGAGACGCCCAUCUCCAGUCUCCAUUGUUCCUUUCCAAGCUUUUCUUACUUCUGAGCUUCUCCAUCUUCUUCUUCUUCUUCUUCUUCUUCCUCGCUCUCGUUCUGUAUAUUACAAUCUCUGCGUGUACCUCUGUCUAUGUGAAGGAAGAGAAAUGGGCUGUUUACAGUCCAAAACCGUCAAUGUCCAGUCCCCUGACAAAGAGCCUUCUCACCCCGACUCCAAACCAGAUCUCCCCGAUGAGAACCAGGUAGAUCAGGAGCAAGUGCCUGCGUUCGCCGAGCUCAGGACGGCGACGAACGGGUUCAGCAGCGAUUUGAUAGUUUCCGAGAGCGGGGAGAAAGCGCCCAACGUCGUGUACAAAGGGAAGCUCCGCAGCAACCGGAUUGUCGCCGUGAAGCGUUUCUCCAAGCAGUCUUGGCCCGACCCGCAACAGUUUCUGGGGGAGGCUGCCGGAGUUGGGAAGGUUAGGCACAAGAGAUUGGUGAAUCUGAUUGGUUGCUGUGCUGAGGGAGAUGAGCGUCUUCUGGUAGCCGAAUUCAUGCCCAAUGAUACACUUUCAAAGCACCUCUUUCAUUGGGAAAAGCAACCAUUGCCUUGGGAAAUGAGGGUAAGAGUGGCUUGCCAUAUUGCACAGGCUCUGGACCAUUGCAAUGCUGAGAACAAGAAAAUCUAUCAUGAUUUAAAUGCGUACAGAAUUCUGUUCGAUGAGGAUGGUGACCCAAGAUUGUCUAGUUUUGGGCUGAUGAAAAACAGCAGAGAUGGGAAGAGCUAUAGCACCAAUCUAGCUUAUACACCCCCAGAAUUUUUGCGUACAGGAAGGGUAAUUCCAGAAAGUGUGUUCUAUAGCUAUGGAACUGUUUUGCUGGAUCUCAUGAGUGGGAAGCAUAUACCUCCAAGCCAUGCUUUGGAUUUGAUAAGAGGGAAAAACAUAUUGUUACUGAUGGAUUCAUCCUUGGAAGGACAAUAUGCCAAUGAAGAUGCUUCCGCAUUAGUAGACCUCGCUUCAAAAUGCCUUCAGUAUGAACCUAGAGAUCGUCCAAACAUCAAGUUUAUUCUUACUGCAGUGACACCCCUUCAAAAGCAGAAAGAUGUUGCAUCACUUGUUUUGAUGGGUCUGACAAAAACUACCCCUGUUGUGGUUCCCACCAUGCUCUCUCCUCUUGGGAAGGCAUGUGCAAGGAUGGACCUCACAGCUGUGCAUGACAUCUUGCUUAAAACUGGCUAUAAAGAUGAGGAGGGUGCAGAAAACGAGCUGUCAUUCCAAGAGUGGACACAACAAGUGCAAGAUAUGCUAAAUACAAAGAAAUUCGGAGACAUUGCUUUUAGGGACAAGGACUUCAAAAGUGCGGUCGAAUACUAUUCAAAGUUGGUAUCUAUGAUGUCGGUUCCAUCUGGAACAGUAUUCGUGCGGCGGGCCCUCUCUUACCUGAUGUUAGACCAGGCAGAGCUGGCGCUUAGGGAUGCAAUGCAGGCACAAGUAUGCUUGCCAGAGUGGCCAACUGCGUUCUACAUGCAGGCCCUUGCCCUCUCUAAACUGGGGAUGGAAACUGAUGCCCAGGACAUGCUCACUGACGGUUCCUCCUUUGAAACAAAGAAGCUCAACAGUUGGCGAAACUGAACGCGGCUAUGGUUAACCCAACCCCCAGGUUAGAUAUAUAGUUAAGCUGUGAGUAGGGUUAUUCUAUUUCUACCUGUAUGAUGAUGGUGGUGAUGAGAGGUUUGCAUUUACCCAAAAUGAAAAAUCAGCCUCUGCUGUAGUAAGCUCAUAUAGUUUCCAUAUGCAAAGUGUAUAGAGCGCUAACUGGCUCUUUCUGAAUAAUACAGUACUGGUUUU